UUCGUCUAUUUCCGGUCUCAACUUCCGGCCCGACUUUCCUCCAGUUAGUUUGAGCCGACUUUUUUUUUUUUCUUUUUUCUUUUUUCUUUUUUAGCCUUCCUGUUGUGGUGAGGCCCGAAGAAGGUGGCCUUAUUGUCGGCCUUUUUCUCGCAGUCGAACACCGCUUCGCGUCGGUCGCGUCGGGCCCAUGGCGCCCAUGCUCGAAAGGACCGCGGAGGUGGCGGCGCCGGUGGCAGGCAAGAGGCGAGGUCGCGGCCCCGGAGCGGCGAUGAGCAUCGGCGGGAAGAGCGUGUCCGGUAAUGGAAGCAGCGGCCGGGGCUGCUGGGAAGAUGGAAGUUCUGGCUCCAGUAGUGACGAGGAGCACGGCGGAGGUGGGAUGCGGGUGGGAUCGCAGUUUCAAGCCGUGGUUCCGGACUUCGACCCUGAGGUGGCGAAGGCGUGCCAGCUGUCUCACAGCGUGGGCAUGCUGGUGUGGAGUCCCAGCAGCAGUGUUCAGCAGAGUCAAUUGGACGAGUACAUCACCAUCGCUAAAGACAAGCACGGAUACAACAUGGAGCAGGCCCUGGGCAUGCUGUUCUGGCACCAGCACGACGUGGAGAAGUCGCUCGCCGACCUGCCCAACUUCACGCCGUUUCCCGACGAGUGGACGGUGGAGGACCGCGUCCUGUUCGAGCAGGCCUUCAGCUUCCACGGGAAGAGCUUCCACCGGAUCCAGCAGAUGCUGCCCGACAAGUCCAUGGCCAGCCUGGUCCGCUUUUACUACUCGUGGAAGAAAAGCCGCAACAGGAGCAGCCUGAUGGAGAGGCAGAGCCGCAAGGUCAAGAGGGAGAGAGACGACAGUGACGACGAAAGUCAGGGAAAUCCCGCCAGCGAUUCCGAGUCCAACCACGUUAAAGAAGACGUCAAGGAGCCGAGUUCCGGAACCGAGCGGCCGGAGGCGAAAGCCGCUGCUGGACUCAAAGCGUCGGGUGCCAAAGGUGCCCACCGGGCCAAGACCCGCCCCCCCAGAGGAAUGUUCCUGAAGCAGGAGGACGUGGUCUCGCUGUCCACCUCCUGCGCUCACGGCGUCCUGCGGCAGCUCGACACCCAACUGACCGCCGCCAAGCGACAGGUCCAGAGCAUCAAGCAGUCCAACAGCGCUCUGAAGGAGAAACUGGACUCUGGGGUGGACCAGUUCCGACAACCCGAGGUGAGCUGCAAAGUCAACGGGCGUUGGAGUUCGGACGAGCAGCUUCUGGCCGUUCAAGCCAUUCGGAAGUACGGGCGGGACUUCCAGGCCAUCUCGGACGUGAUUGGCAACAAGUCGGUGGUCCAGGUGAAGAACUUCCUGGUCAACUACCGGCGCCGCUUCAACCUGGACCAGGUGCUGCAGGAGUGGGAGGCGGAGAACGGCGUGGAGGGGGGGGCCGUCCCCGACGACGACAAGAUGGAGGCGGCGGGGCCCCCCGAGGACGACGCGGCCGAUGACCAGCUGACUCCGCCCCCUGGGGACCUCUGACCCCGGUGAAGUCCAGUCCUCUUGAGUGUGCGCUUUUCUUUUCUUUUUUUUUUUUUUUUUUUUUUUGCCCCAUGUGAAGAGCCGCUAUCAUCAGUUGCCAUGGCGAAAAUACAUUUUUAUAAAGUAAAAGGACCUGCCAUAGUUUUAU